AUGGAUUAUAUGAGGGCUCCACCUUUCACGGACGACAUCAACGAGGAGAGGCUUCUCUCAAACUUCAAAUUACCCGUCAUACCAUCUUAUGAUGGCCGAUGUGACCCUGAGUAUCACAUUCACGUGUUCAUCUCGGCCUUCCGAUUAUACUGUAUUUCCGACCCAAUUAUUUGUAGGACGUUUUCAGUAUUUCUGCAAGGGACUACUCGAAAAUAUUUCUGGGGUCUAGAACCUAGGAGCAUCUCCAUCCUGGGAGAGUUGGUGGACAAAUUCCUCCAUCGAUUUAUAUCUUCCAGGCCGACGAUAAAGACCUCGGCUUACUUGCUAAAUAUACAGCAGAAUUCGGGGGAGUCCCUCCGUACUUAUGUGCAGAGAUUUCAAGAUAAAAACGUGCAAAUACUUGAUCCCAAGGAGCAGGUAACUAUAGCUGCCUUCACCAACAGGCUCACCGCCGGAGUGUUCAACACCGGGGCACAUAAGAAAUUCCCUCGUACACUUCGAGAGUUCUGGCAAAAGGUCAAAAAAAGCAUACAACCCGAGGACCUAAACUGCAUGAAAAGAGAAGCUCAGGUAACUCCCUCGAGAACUGAUUCCCGAAGGAAAAAAGAAUCAAGCCGAGGUGAGGCUAGCACCGCUGGCAGAUUCCAAAGUCCUAACCGAGAUCGCCGAAGUGUAUUCGAUAGAACUGCCAAGAGAAAGUUGUCUGUCCCUGAUUCUGAACUCAUUCCGUUAAAAACCAACCGAUCUUAUAUCCUGUCUGUCAUGGAGCAGAACCCCCUCAGGCGUUCUCCCCCAAGGAUGGUCGGAAAGAAGGAAAAGAGGAAUUUCAACCUUUGUUGUGCUUAUCAUCGAGAUAUCGGGAAUGAGACUGAAGAUUGCAACAAUUUAAAGAAAGAUAUUGAGGACUUAAUCAAGCGGGGGUACCUGAAGCAGUUUGUUCGUAGUGAUGGAGAAUGCCAGAGGAGUGACACCUGCCAAGACUGUCAAGGAGAGUCCUGUCGAGAAAAUAACCGAGGCGAGUCCCGCUGA